AUGGCCGCGAAGCUGCGCCAGAGUCUGUUUGCAAACACAGGCCACAUCUUCAGCCGCGACUGGAGAAGGGCCUGUUUCAGCUUCCACGAUCCUUUCUCUGACCUGGCUUUCGCUUUGGAGGCGGGAAAGGGAGGCGCCCGGAGCAUUCAGAUGGCCGUACAAGGAUCCAUCCUCAAAUACUUGUUGUUUGCCAGGAAGGGGAUAGACUGCAACUUGCCCAGCUUAUGUGCAGUAAGCCGGCAGGAGCAGGGGCGGGCCCUGGCUGCUGCGCUCGCUGGCAUCCUGUGGGCUGCAGGAGCGGCUCAGAAGGCCACAAUCUGUCUCAUCACUGAGGACACUUACGUCACCUCGACUCCUCGCUACUCUGGGGACGACUUCACAGAGCAGAAGGACCUAGACGCCUCCACGCCUCAUCUCUUACGACCACAUGCUGGGGGCUUCCUGUGCAGGCAGGCAGUUUUGAACAUGAUUUUAACUGGAAGAGCCAGUCCAAAUGUUUUUAACGGCUGUCAGAAAGGAGAGUCUCAAGAGACGCUACACGGAGUCCUGACCCGCAGUGACGUCGGCUAUCUGCAGUGGGGCAGGCACGCCUCGGAGGGGGACAGGCUUCCACAGGUGGGCAGCAUGCUGAAGACUCCCCGAUUCCCUAUUUGGCUGUGCAGCAUCAAUGGAAAUUACAGCAUCCUUUUUAGCACCAACAGGCAGCUCUUAUCAGACUGGAAAAUGGAGCGUCUCUUCGACCUGCACUUCCUCAGUGGCCAGCCCUCGCAGAAGAAGCCUGUGCUUCUUACUGUAGAUACUCACUCUCAUCACUGGGAAAGGGACUCACAUGAAGAUGAACACAGACCAGGAAGACGCUUUUCUCCAGUGGAGAUGGCCAUCAGAACCAAGUGGAGAGAGGCCACCAUCAACUGGAACGGAACUGUUCCCUUUUUCUAAAGAGAAAGCCAGGGUGUGCACUGAAGUCUGGGGGCAGAGCUGCUGGG